AGUUCUUUGUUUGUUUUUUGUCACAUCCUGCAUCGGAAGCCACUUCAACCAGCAGAAGCUCUCGGACAGGACAAGAUGUCCGGAGAGAUCUUUUCCUCUUUGGAUAAUCUCUAUGACCUGGACAGUGCCAACUGCCAUCCUCUAGUGUGCCAUUUGUGCCAAGAGCAAUACGAGCAUCCAUGUUUACUGGACUGUUAUCACACGUUCUGUGCCAGCUGCCUGCGGGGAAGAGUCGCGGACAGCCGACUGACUUGCCCUGUAUGUGGACAUCAGUCUGUUGUGAAAGGAAUCAAUGCACUCCCUCCUGAGGAUCGACUCUUGAAGUUUUUGGUGGACAGUUCAGCGGACAGCGAGGAAACUGUGCAGUGUGCCAACUGUGAUUUGGAGUGCAAGAAACAGGAUGUGGAUGCAAUGUAUUAUUGCAACACUUGUUGCCAGCCACUGUGUCGAGACUGCAGGGAAACCACCCAUAAGGCCAAGAUGUUUUCCCGCCACGAGAUCGUCUCCCUGGCAAAACGUACCAAAGAAGCCCACAAAAAAUGUGCCCUCCAUGAGGAAUUCUACAUCAUGUUUUCUACAGAGAAAAAGUCCAUGCUCUGCAUCAACUGCUUCAGAGACAUGCAAGUGGAAAGCAGAGCACACUGCAUUGAUAUUGAGACAGCAUAUAUACACGGCUGUGAAAAACUGGACCAAGCCGUCUUAGCAGUGAAGGAGCUUCAGAUGUCAGCACGAGAGGCCAUUAUUCUGCUCAAAGCCAUGAUUGGAGAGGUCAGAGACAAUGUGGAUGAAGAGGAGAGCGCCAUCUGCACACUCUUCAAUAGCAUGCAGGAAAAACUAGCGGAAAGAAAGAAGAUUCUACUGAAGGCAGCACGGAGUCAGCAUGAAGAGAAGGAGAGAACCUUUAAAGAGCAGUUAUCUCAUCUUGCUGCACUCCUGCCAACUCUCCAGGUUCAUCUUGUUACAUGCUCUGCCUUCUUAAGCUCAGCAAACAAGUUUGAGUUCUUAGACAUGGGAUAUCAAUUAAUGGAGAGACUAAAGAAGAUUGUGAAACUACCGCACAGGUUGAGACCAACACAGAGCAGUAAGAUCAACACAGAGUAUCGCUCUGAAUUUGCUCGCUGCCUGGAGCCGCUGCUGCUGUUGGGUCAACGGCGCUCAGUGUCCACCACAGGGAGUGUGGCUUUAGCUUUGGGAAAUGCCAGUGGAUUGAUGCAGUCAUCUCUGUCAGUGCAGUGUCACUCUCCAGCUAUGAGUGACAUGUCGCUGUGCUCAUCGGUGGUGCGCAGGCCAACCUCACACCGCUACAUCAGCACCAAGGUUCUGCUGGCCAAGGGUGGAGAGACGCCCUUUAUGGAGCACUGCUGCAACUAUGAGAACAGCUACAGGACUUUACAGACAGAGAUCCAGAAGCUGAAAGACCAGGUGCAGGAGAUUCACCGAGACCUGACCAAGCACCAUUCCCUCACCAAACCUGACAGCAUGAGUGAGAUUUUGGAGAGGUCUGUACAGGUAGACAGUCAGAUCUCCACCGAGUAUGCUUCAGUGGAGCUCAUGCGGGCCAUGUUCGAGGAGAUCUGGGAGGAAACUUUACAGAGAGUGGCAAAUGAACAGGAGAUUUAUGAAGCGCAACUUCAUGAUCUCCUUCAGUUGAAACAGGAGAAUUCCUAUUUGACAACAAUCUCCCGACAAAUAGGUCCCUACAUCCGCUCCAUAGCAAAAGUGAAAGAACGUCUGGAGCCAAGGCUGAAGGAGCCUAAAGAACUCAAGGAUGAUCGCACAGAAAUCAUGUUGAAGCUCUAUGAGGACAGCACGUCUGCUGCGGACACACAGCCAAGUAAUGAGCUAUCCUGCAACACUGAAGACAACUGGACUCUAAACAGCCUAUCAGAAGAGACCAAUCCUAAGAACAAGGAUUAUUACAAGCCAAACAAACAAAAGAACACCACUGAUUUAGCCAAAUCGCAAAGAGAUCCCAGUGUGAUCUGUCAGCUUUAGACAUCUGUUACCCCCAAAAAAUAAGUAUGCACUUAUACAAAUCUAAUACACCAAAGUUUGAAAGAUCUGUACUGGCGAGGCCACAAAAAAAAACUUCUAUGACUGACUUUAGCAUAAUUCACAGUGGUUUAGCUCUGAGAUCUUUAGAUUUGAUUGUACAGUAUGUGUUUAUUAAGCUAUGUUAGACAGCCUAGUUUUAUGUAAUGUCACAAAGUGUAUUUCCAUCAAAUUUGCAUUAAUUUUUGCCAAAGAUGUUGUAGAUAGUGUACUGAUGAUGGAAGCAUCUCUACUGUCUGAUUUCAGUGGUGUAAAGUUACAAAUUACAAAUACUCAAAUGACUGUUAUUGAGUAGCUUUUCUCAGAAAUUUACUAAGUAGUUUACUAAGUUUACUAAGUAGUUUUAAAAAUGUGCACUUUUAUUUUGCCUUGAGUACAUUUUUAGUGCUGUAUCAGUACUUUUACUCCACUAUUUUUCUUCCUCCUGCAGUCACUACUUCAUUUUUUCCUGUCUAUAGGGAUUAGAAAAAUUAGUCCUGUGAUUCCUGUCCAAUCAAAAUCCCACAUAGAAAGUAAAUCGCAUCAUACUGAACAACUGCAAGACGUGGACGACUUAUAAAUGCAGCAAACUGUUUGGAAGCAUUAAAAGUGUCCAAGAAGAUGUCCAAAAUCUUUACUCUCAAUGAUCCAGAGACUGUUUAGAUGCAUGUCACUAAUGAGAAGAUGAUCGAUGUUUACUGUAUGAUAACCCAAACAGCCUUAAACAAUAACUAAAUGCACUACAGAAUGUUACGUUUACACACAGAUCCACAAAUUGCAUGUAAAAGCAUCAGCUUUUUACAGUGUAAAACUCACUAUUGCGUUCUUUUGAAAGGGCUACUUUUAAUCAUAUUUGAGUAAUAUUUACAACAGAUACUUUUACUCUACUUGCACUACAUCUUUUACUUGAGUAUGAUUUUUCAGUACUCUUUCCACCACUGUCUGACUUUAACUUUGUAAAAUCUACUCUAGCAUAUCCCAAAUACAUUUCAAGAGUUCCCACUAAGAUAUGCUUGGCGUAUAAAGCAGGUUUGGCAUGCUGUCCCGGGAGAGAACCCUGAGCUCGGAGAUAUUUGAGCCCAGGGCUCCCGCCCGGUCGAUAAGCAUAUCAGGAGAUCCGAGAUCAGGUAGGUCUCGAGAGCUCCCCCUUUAGAAAAGGGAGGAAAAGGAGGAGAUGGGGUGGAAGGGGGGAUUCUUCCAAACGAAGAUAGAAACAGUAGGGAGAAAAUGACCCAUUUAUAGUAAACUAGGAUCACUCUGAUUGGAUUAUUACUGGUUACAGAUGAGUGGCCAGACGUGCUCAAUCAUACCACGUGCUCCUCUCGAAAUUAGUUUAUGAAACUUCACUUAGCUGGCCAAUGAGGCCAAUUCAUGUGUGAAAAUGAAGCAGACUUGCAAUAUUCCAAACCAUAGGAUACAUUUCCAUAAUUGUGAAGACAUAAAAAAACCCACAUAGUGCAUUAAUUAACCUUAAAAGAGUAGUUGCCAAAAUAUAACCAGCCAAAGACUCACUAAUCACUGCAAGUAACAUCCAUUUAUAGUAGAAUUUCUUAAUUACCUUUUUUUGGUCAGACUGUAUAGUUUGCAAUGGUUGCAUUUCAGAAAACCACAGUAACGUUAAAUAAACAUCAGAUUCAGUGUUUAUUUUAAAGGUUUGUUACAUUUCGCUGAAGAUGUUAAUAAUGUAAGUGGUACAGUUAUCAUCCAAGAGGUAGGAUGGUCCUCUCCCGUCAGCUUUUCGCACGCAGUGCAACUCUUACAUCAUAGAAACCUAUUGCAUGUGUUCAAAUGUCCAUUACCUGUACGCAUAUAUUAUAGUGCUCAUCAUUGGUUUAAAGUGUGCAAGAAAUUUCUAUUCUUUACCCAAUGUCUAUAUAAGCUACAUCAUGCCAGGAGGAGAGUGGAGCCUUCCUCCCAGAAAUGUCAAACUGGAAAGAGUACGACUUUGGAUACAGCAAACCCUCCGGCGUUCGGCCCUCUGAAUCCCACUUUCCGGACAACAGAUUUUUCUUCUUGAAAUAUCAUGCAAGUGUGAGGGAAAGCGAAAAA